AUGUCGAGUCAAGAGGUUGCAACAACUAGGUAUAGAACUGAUUCUUUCUGGUCAGAUUGUGUGCCUGGAAAUGGAGACUUGACGGAUUAUUCGGAGGUUUCUGAUGAUGAUGAUGAUGUUGUUGGACGGAGAGGGACGCUAUAUAAUGGUUAUUGGGAUUCGGGUAGAGAGGUGAGUUUCACUUCGAGAGGAAGGAUUCUUCUAAGAACUGAAGAGGAGGAAAAGGGAGAGACAGAGGGAGAGGAAAGAGGGGACGAGGAGGAAGAUAAUCACCAGGCAGAUCAAGAGAAACUCGAAUGUUUCGAUCACGAAAUACCGAACCUUUCACGUGGAACAAUUGAUGAAGAUGGGCACCAGGCUGCGCAGGAAAACGUCAAAAUGUUCGACCAAGAGAUGCCAUUUCCUCCAAGGAACAUAAUCCUGGAAGGUGAUGAGCUGCUUCAUAAUCUCCCAGAUUUCGAUCAAGAGGAACUCUUCGGUGUAUACGAUAAAGCUUUUUUCUCCACAGAUACGCCCGGAGAUGAAGAUGAUUACAAGAACGUAUCUGAUUGGUCUGACGACGAUGUGAUGCCAGAAAAUGCAAGGUGGAUUUCCAACAUGGAAAAUAUGAAACAGGAUAUCGAUGAAUAUGCUUGCUUGGGCCUGGCCGACUUGCUAUGGGAAUACGUGAAGCUUGUUGAUGUCGAUGUUUUGACUCUACCCCGCUAUCUAUUGGAACACACGGAAAACUCUCAACCUGACAAGCGAUAUGGGAAAGUAAUUGACGCACCGUUGUCAAAGUUCAGGAACAAUAUCCAUCAUCUUCUCGCCUUGACUUCAACAGGGGUGACACGUAACUUGAUGACAGGCCUUUACGAACUCGUUUAUUUGGCGGCAAAAGGCGAUCUAAUUGAAGGCGAGGUUUUGAAAUAUCUCGACCCUCAAACUCUUUCAUUGUACGAGUAUACUACGCCAAGAACAGAGAAAUAUGCGUAUGAGUCUGAAGCAUGCCUUCGAGUGGUAAACAUAAGACCUUCCAAGACUUAUGUUUUCGUGGCUGCAUUAAAAUUCUUCAUGUUAAAAUUUGUGGUUUCAUCUGAAGGCCUCACCCCAGAUACAUUCUGUACGCUGAAUCGAAUCCUUUCGUCUGCGGAUGAAGAAAGAAUAACUAAAGAGAAUGACUAUUGGUACUUUGAUGUCUCAAAGCGAUAUCAAUGCAAAACAGGGAUUCAUGAUUGGCUGACUUACUUUAUCUUUCAUAUCAACACUCAAGAUCAUAUGCGCAUUGACUCCAAAUUCAAUCCCAUCUAUGAGAUAUCACUUCUCUACCUGAGAUUUAUCGCAGGUAAUCGUUUCGGGAAACAAACCAGACAUAUGAGCAUGAUACUGCUCCAAUCAUUGGCCUUGAAAUGGUUGCACUAUAUGGUUUUGCCUUUUGAUGAGAAUGAAAAGGAGUUUCAGUACAUCAUGACAAUACCAUCGAUGAUGGCAGUUCCAAAACUGGCAGGUUUCCUAGAGAAUGUAUUAGCCAGAAAUAUUGACAAGACUAUUUCACGUUCAAGAGGAGUGACAUCUUCUCGAGAAGACUUAAAUAACAUAUCAGAUACAGAAGUCAACAAGCUCCAAACUGCAGUUGAUUUUUCAUGUCGAAAUGAUGCAUUAUCGAGUUUGGAUUUCAAAGAAGGGAGUUUCGAUACGGGAUUGGUACUUGAAGGAGUCUCUUUGAAACUAAAUUCGAUUUUGGCACUCUCAGGAGGCCUACGUUCCAAAAAUGGCUUGAAUGAAGAAGAUCUUGCUAGUAUCACCACAUCGCCAGGCUUUCAAUUUGGAAUAUCAGGACUGAACAGAUCUGGCAGGUCCCCAUUAGGCGACAAGAACCCGCCUUCUAUAAGGAGAAAUUCAUGCACCAAAUGUUCUCCACAUGAGCUAUUGGUGGAUAAAUGUAUUAUUUGUCAUGGGAAGCCAGUUAAAGAUUGGUCUGACGGACCGAGAGUAGCGUCCAGGGUGGUGAAUCGGUCAAAUGCCAUCGAGAUACCUUUUAAAUUGUGGUCAAGAGGACCAUCUCCCGAGAAGACAAAAACCCAACCCGAAAGUAAUCAUCAUUGUCCUAUAUAUGGGACAAUUGGAAACAUUAAUCAGUGCUUUAAUUGUGGACCUGGAAUAACUCCAUCUGUAUCGGAUGAAGGGUCAGAGUGGUCCAAGUCGUCGAGAGAACCCUCGCCAUCACCGGAGAAGAAGGAUCUCCCCCCUGCGAAAAAAGAACCACCUCCAAAGACGUAUAAUUGUCCUAAUUGUGGAGCGAUGGAUUUCUUGGGCGUAUGUCAUAUUUGUAGUUAUGGGUCACCAGGACUUUCUGAAGCAAAGCCAACGACGCUCAAGAAGAGGAGUCCUACCUCGGAUUGGAACAAGGACGAAGAGCAAGAAGUAGAGUUUCAAGCCCCCAGAUAUAGUCCCCAGGCUAGGUAUCGGUUUGCGCAUAUCAGGAGUCAGAAGGAUAUGGUUGUGAGAAAUAGACGAUAUCCUGCCACUCAACAACAUCGCCAUUUAGCUUUCCUUCGGGCAUUAUCCUCUCAUCCGCAAACGGCGGGGGGCGUUCCAGAUGUAACAUUUGACGGAUUCCAAAGGAUUGCAGAGGCUCCUUCGGGACCUUUCUCUCUUUCUGAGGUAACAGGAGAUGGUUCGUACGACGCAAUUGAAAGGGAUUGGGAAACCAAUCGGGCGAGAAGUUUGGAGGCAGCGAUGAGAAGACACGCACAAAUCCGGCUCUCAAAUCACGAGCCCGCUCUUUCGGUGGAGCAGGAUGAGUUAUGUUCAACUACGGAUAAAGAGUUUGAAGGAGAUGAAGAAGAUAACAAUGACCCAUAUUCAAGCUCUUCUCAGGAAGAAAUCCCCCCUCUAGACUACCAGAAUCAUCCGUGCUUAGUGGAGAAAUGUGAAACUCGCAAUAUGCAGACUCUUUGGGAUGAUUUCAUGACCCGAAAUAUUGAUGGUGGUGUUGUGGAUGAAGAAAAAGGGAUAGAAUCUCCGCUUGCACAAAUGUCUUUGCUGGAAAGAGGAAAGCGGUGUUUUUCGGGUUCGCCUUGGACUUUUACUAUGAGCACUAGUAGUCUCUUGGGUCUUCGAAUGGGCUGGUGUGUACGCGGACAGAAAAUGAGAGAUGAGGAGGCUGUGGAGUGGGUGGAUGAAGAUUGA